ACAACCGCAGCCAAUUUACAUGAUUAGUAAGCAGAAUUAUCCCAAGUCUACUUACAGCCGCAUUUCGCAUUGUUUUUCUACAAUUCAAAUUGCUAUAGUUCAAGAUAGUGUGAUACGUGAAGAUAAACAUAUAAAACAAUCCUUUCUGCACGUUGAAGGAGAGCAUACAAAAUGGAUAAUUAUUUGUUCGAAGGAGGUCGCAUCACCAAAAUGGAGGUUGAUUAUUCACCUGCCUGUGAUGAGAAAAUUCCAUUAGCUAAAGAUAUGGCCAGGAAGAAUCCUGAAGCUUUUCAUGAUGCCAUCGAGAUACUGUUGCAACUUGAAAAGCAAACGCGUUUGGGCGCCGAUAUGGUAUCUUGCUCGCGAGUUCUUGUCGCAAUAUGCCAGAUUUGUUUCGACGCUCAAAACUGGAAUGCUUUGAAUGAAUACGUUUCAUUGCUAGCGCGUCGCCGCUCGCAGCUAAAGCAAGCUGUUUCAAAGAUGAUUCAGGAGUGCUGCACUUACGUUGAAAAAACACCUGAUAAGGCCACCAAAUUAAAACUGAUUGAUACGCUGCGCACAGUCACAGAAGGCAAAAUAUAUGUAGAAAUUGAGCGCGCCCGUUUAACAAAAAUCUUAGCUGACAUCAAAGAGGCCGAUGGUGAUAUUGCAGGGGCUGCCGCUGUAAUGGAAGAACUACAAGUAGAAACAUACGGUUCAAUGGAUAAGCGGGAGAAGGUUGAAUUGAUUUUAGAGCAAAUGCGGCUUUGUCUACUAAAAGAAGAUUUCGUUUCCACGCAAAUCAUUGCCAAGAAGAUAAGCAUAAAAUUCUUCGAUGACCCAAUACAGCACGACCUAAAGUUGAAAUUCUACAACUUAAUGAUUCGGUUGGACCGAGAUAGUUCGUUCUUGAAAACCUCGCGUCACUAUCAAGCAAUCGCUGAACCAGCACGUCCAGCACCCGCAGUAGCAGAGUUGACUGAAGAGGAGAAAAAAAAAUUGAGUGAAGAAGAUAAAAAGAAGCGUGAAGAUGAAAUCAAGGCAGCUGCUGUGGCAGCCGCCGCUUUGUCAUCUGUCGAAUUGACUCCAGAACAAGAAAAGGAGCAAAAGGAAAAACUGAUUUGUGCUGUGUUAUACUGCGUAUUAGCGCCGUAUGACAACGAACAGAGUGAUAUGAUGGCACAUUUGUCGAAAAAUAAGAAACUUGAAGGCAUACCCGCUUACCGUGAAAUACUACGUUUAUUCAUGUCGAAAGAGCUUAUAAGUUUUGACACAUUCAAUGUUGAUUUUGGUACCGUGCUAGCCGAGAAUGAUAUGUUUAAAGAAAGCACAAAGCAUGGACGCAAAUGCAUUGCUGAGCUAAAGGAUCGACUAAUAGAACAUAAUAUUCGUAUAAUCGCUAUGUACUAUUCUCGCAUUCACCUUCAACGCAUGAGUGAAUUACUCAACUUACCGUCAAACCGGUGUGAAGAAUAUCUUUCAAAGUUGGCGAAUAGCGAUACCAUACGCGUUAAAAUUGAUCGACCAGUAGGAAUUGUUUACUUCACCACAAAGAAGAGCGCCUCCGAUAUACUGAAUAACUGGGCGAACGACGUGAAUCAACUGAUGUCACUGGUGAACAAGACUUGUCAUCUUAUCAAUAAGGAAGAGUGCAUUCAUUCCGCUAUUGGAAUUGCUGUAGAAGAAUAGAUCAUCUGCAAAAAUAGAAUACUUUUUUAACGUAAUGUACGCUAAGCUGAUUUAAUUUUCAAUUCAAUUUCAAAUUCGAAUGCCUAAAACAAAGAUUGAAGUAUGAACACUUGAAAUUAGGCAGUUAAAGCGAAAUAAAAAAUGUACGCCAGCUUAGAAACAAA